AUGAAUAAAUAUUUACUGUUGAAUUGUAAUAAAUGUAAACAUUUUAAUUGUGUUAAAAGGUUCAAGUGUUUAAUUAAUAAUUCUAUGGAUGAUAAAAACUUAAAAUGGAGAACGACUAACGAGUCCUACUGUGAAUAUAUACUAAGUCCAGAAGAGGAAAAAGACUUAAGAAAAAACCAUUUAUACAUAAUCUCAAGUAAUGCUAUAAAUAUAGACAAAAAUAUAAUACAUGAAAGUAUUAAAAAUUAUAAGGAAAAUAAUAAUAUUUCUGCAUAUUAUAAAAAAUUAAAUUCGAAUUUAAAUAAUCUGAAUAGUAAGAACAGUAUUAUUGUAUAUUAUUAUUUUAAUUUUUUAAACGAUUUUGUUCAAAAAAUUAUGGGAAUUCCCAUUAUAAAUUAUCUUUAUAAUAAUAUAUUUUUGAAAUAUAGAAUAAAUAUUCACACUUUUAUUUCACCAAUAUAUGAAAGAAUAAACAAUGAGGAAUUGUUUUUAAAGUUUCAUUUAAGUAAAAAUGAUGUUCGUGAAAUAAUGUAUUUUUUAUGUAUACAUGUAUGGAUAUAUUGCGCCAAGUUAAAUAUGAUAAAUAAUAACCAUUUGAAAAUUUUAUUAUGGGAAAAGAUAUGGGACUAUUACAGAGCUUUACUUAUAAAGUACAAAAUUUCAGAAUUUUGUUUUAAUACUUACCUGAUUAAUAUGCAAGAAUAUUCUUUAGGUUUUUGUAUUGGACUAGACGAAUGUUUAGGCAAAGAAUUUUAUGCAGGAAAUAUAUGCAACCUUAUCUUUAAUCAUAUUUAUAACGAAAAUGAACAAUUUAAAAAUUCGAAAGAACUAAUAAAUUUAACCAUUUACUGUAUAAGGAUGUACCACUUUAUUUGUCGCUUACCUGAUGAAAAUUUUAUUAAAGCUAAAUUUACAUGGCCUGACAUGAAAUAA